AUGAACGCUCUCAUCUCGAUAUUGGGCAAGAGAGCCCUCAAGAGUCUUGACACCGACAAGAUCAAGCCCAACUCUGACAAUCCGUACGAAGAACGAGUCCCGGUCUACAAGAAUGGCCAGGUCGUCAAGUACAGGACCCAGGAGCGGCCGAUUCCGGCCGAGUUGUCAUCAAACGACCAGGCGAUCUUGAAGAAAGUGCGGAAGAGAGCGUAUAAAUGGGACCAGGGCUUCAAGUUCUGCUGCGUUCCCGUCCGGUUUGGCUGGUCCUUCUUCAUUGGCUUGAUUCCCAUCUUCGGUGACUUUGCGGACGCUCUCAUGGCCUUGUGGCUGGUGAAGAAGGCUUCCAAGGUCGACGGCGGUCUACCGGCAACCCUUUAUGCGAAAAUGAUCUCCAACAUCGUCUUCGACUUUGCGAUCGGUCUGAUUCCCAUCAUUGGCGACCUUGCUGAUGCAGUUUACCGAGCGAACACACGCAAUGCCUGGCUUCUCCACGUGUAUUUGAUGGAAAAGGCUGAAGCGGUCAGAAACGGGAGAGUCUCGGAUCCGGAGACCGGCGAAACCAUUCACUUGACAGGACAUAAUUCCGGUCAUGGGGUGCUCCAGCCUUCAACGCGACCUGCUCAGUCUAAGACUUCUGCGCCGGAAGCGACACGUGGACGGGGAUGGGGCUGGAACCGCGGUGGUGGUGGAAGGACGGCUGAGCCAGAUCUGGAGUCCGGGAUUGUAGAAGUGCGGCCGGAGCGGGAGCUGCGCGACAACCGCGGCGCCGGGGUGACGGCCGGGGUGGGUCUACAAGGGACCCCCGAAGUCAGGGCCGGAGAUAAAGUGGUUUUGGUGGAUCCAACGCGAGAGGGACGCGGUCUCGACACUUGA